AAAGCGGAAAAAUCCCGUCCGACGUGGCGCGCUCGCCCAUGCUCUUUUUCUCCCGUCCCCUCUCGACCCCCCGCCUCUUCUCUUCUCCAGUGCGAGCCGGGCGCCCGGGCCUACGUAACGUUCGCCUCCCUCACCUCUCCUCCUACCACACCCCACGCUCGCCGUCCUCAUCAACGACACGAGCUUGCACAGGGUCGAGGCUGCGAUAUUUGCAACGGUCGGACCUCCUAGUGGCGGCAACCUUGGGGAUUGGUCGAUUUGGGUUCGAUUGGUUUGGUCUUGAGAACCGGAGAUAGAUGGCCUAUCUAGAGGAAAACCAGUUGGCGACCGACGAGGUCGCCGUUGCCGUUGGCGCGGGCGGUGAAGCCGCCGUGGAUCAUCGCAAGGAUCCCCUGGAUCCCAGCGACAUGGAUUUGUCCGGGGAGGAGCACGUUCCCAAGGCGCGGAAGCCGUACACGAUCACGAAGCAGCGGGAGAAGUGGACGGAGGACGAGCACAAGCGCUUCCUGGAAGCCCUGCAGCUUCACGGCCGCGCAUGGCGCCGCAUCCAAGGUACGUGCCUGCCCGCAGGUCUGCCCCGCUCUGUUCUUGAUAUGAAACGCUCACCCCCUCUUUUCGUCUCCGUUCGUGCAGAGCACAUCGGCACCAAGACUGCCGUGCAAAUCCGGAGCCACGCGCAGAAGUUCUUCACCAAGGUGGUCAGAGAAUCGUCGGGGAGCAACACCGCGGGGGGCGCCGCGCCGGCUAUCCAGAUCCCGCCGCCGCGGCCCAAGAGGAAGCCGGCACACCCGUACCCGCGCAAGGUGGACGGCGCGGCCAAGAAGCACGUGCCGGCGCUCAAGCAGCUGGAGAAGCCGCCCCUGCGGACGCAGUCCCUGCGCGACCAGGACGACGGGUCGCCGACGUCGGUUCUGACCACCGCGCGGACGGUUUUACGAGCGGAGGCGCUGGGCAGCGUGUUUGCCAACAGCUCGAGCGGCAGCAGGUCACCGGCCCCGUCAGCCACCGGUUCGGAUGAGCCCUCGUCCGUCGACAGAGAGGACGGCUGCGUGUCGCCAAGCGUCGCAACAGCUGAGCUGGUGGCGAGAACAGCAAAUACCAAGGUGUUCGGCGAUGGAAAAGUUUCUUGCAUAGGAACAGAGGCUUCAGUCUUUAAACUGUUCGGAAAGAAAGUUGUGGUGAAGGAUCCCCUUGAACACCUGAAAACGGAUGCUUCAGCCACGAGCGUUGCCCAGGCAACCAGAAACGCAAUCCCUUUCGGUGCCGCAGAAGGGAGCUCGUGGAAUCCAUGGCCAACCGGCGUGCAGAUGCAGCAGCUCAUGUACUUCGUUCCGCAGCCCGACGGUUUCGCCGCGCAGUCCGCGGUGCCGUGGCUCGCCUACAACGGGGCCCUGCCGUGCGCGCUGUUCUACCCGCAGGCGGCCGCGCCUUCGGCUCAGCACCACCACCACAACCAACCUUCAGAGCCUCUGAAUCACAAACGCGUGCAGAGGGAAGAGUCGCUGACGGGCUCGAACACGGCCUCCAGCGCCGUGCCGGCCGCGUCGGCGGCGCAGAACUCGGACGCCGCGGAGUCCCAUGGUCCCCGGCAAGAAAACACCAGCGAGAGCGCCAUCGCCGUCCCGCGUCUGACCAAGUGCCCGAGCUCCGCUUCCUUCAGCCGGAGAGGGUUCGUGCCGUACAAGCGGUGCGCGGCGGAGAGCGAGGCGCCGCGGCCCGUGGCGGCCGGAGAGGAGGCCGACGGCGAGCUGACGAGGCUGUGCUUGUAACAAGUGACGAGCCUCAGUGAGACAAUUCACAUAUUUUGGAUGUUUGCUAGGUUUGCUCCGGUUUCUUGAGUUGCCGGAUAUGGCCGUGCAGCAGCAGAAGCAGCUGAGGCUAGUCUGAAGCAGCUGGGAAACCAACCAACAUGGGUUUUCCAGAAAUGGAUGAGCAGUCCAGGUUGUUACUCCUCGGUAUAUACACGUAUAGGUAAAAAAAUCUGUAAUAUUCCGCUUUUGAUCGCCGUGUGCUUGUGUAAUUUUGCUCCAAAUUUGGAGAUUCAGGGGUCAUAGGUGACCUGGAUCUCAGAGGGGUUGUAUGCGAGUAUGUCUGUCGAUAGUCUGACCACAUGUAAGAUUAGGCUUGUACCAUCUGAAACGAAACGUAACGGACAGAAGAUGAACAAAAUGUUCCAUUCUCUGUUAGUCUGAA